AUGGUCAAAGACACUAGACUUUAUGAUGUGUUGAACGUUUCACCGGAGGCUAGUGCUGUGGAGAUUCGUAAAGCUUAUAGACUUUUGGCUUUGAAACAUCAUCCAGAUAAAAACAAUCAUUCUGAAGAAUCGAAAUCCAAGUUUUUAGAAGUCAAUGAAGCAUAUGAAAUACUGAUUGAUGAGAAGAAGCGAUCACUCUACGAUCAGUAUGGAACUAUUGAUGAGAAUGCUAUCCAGCAGUCUAUGCCCCAGGAAGAUCCUGUGAUGUCGUCUUUUUUUAACACGGGAUCACCGAUGGGAAUGGGCAUGGGUAUGUCUGCUGGGGAUCUGUUUGCAAGCUUCUUUGAUAAGAUGUCUUCGCCGUCAUUUGGGGGUAAAAAAACGAAAAAAUCAAUGGACCAUGGUCCUGAUAUCAAACACGAUUUGAAAUGCACGCUUUCUUCACUUUACGAGGGUAAGAAUACCAAACUGGGCCUCAACCGCAGGCGGGUGUGCAAGGCGUGCAAGGGACGUGGCAGUAUGAAAGUACGAACUUGUAAGGCAUGUCGAGGUCGGGGACAACAGUCGAGAUCGAGACAGAUGGGGCCUAUGAUGCAAACUUGGACACAGACAUGCUCAGACUGUAACGGUAUGGGUACUUUUACAAAAGACAGUGACGUAUGCAGAGAUUGUGAAGGCGAAGGUUGUAUCAGAGAGAGGAAGAUCUUUGACGUAGAGGUGAAACCUGGUAUGUGCCAAGGACAGCAAAUUAUCCUACCUGGUGAAGCUGAUGAAGUGAUAAAGACUAGAUUUGGUAACGAGACCGUGAUUCCUGGCGAUGUUAUAAUCACAAUAAUUCAGAUCAAGGAUCCGAAAUUUCAAAGAGUCAAUAGGAAUGGAUGUGACCUCAUGGUACGAAACUGUAAGAUUCCAUUGGUUACAAGUCUUUGUGGAGGAAAAUUGAGUAUCGACGGGCAUCCAAACGGUAAACUCAUAAACGUUACGAUCCUCCCAGGUGAACUUAUCAAACCAAACCAUUUUAAGAGCAUAGAGAACCUUGGAAUGCCUCGAUACGAGGAAAAGAGGGCACCUGAAGGGUAUGGUAAUCUGUACAUCCAGUUCCAAGUGGAAUUCCCCGAAACUUUGGCAUCGGAAACCGUAACGAAAUUGAAGCAAGUACUGGACGAAGAUCCAAACGUAAAGAAACAGGUCACUGCAGAAGAUAAAGACGUGUGCGAACGGGUUGAUGAUUGCAUAGAGAUGGAAGAACAUGUCUUGAGUAAUUUGUUACCCGAUUUCGAUGAUUUGAUGAGAAAUGAAGAGACAGGGAACAGGAGCAAAAAGAGAAGAUAUUACGAGGAUCCUGGAACUCCUGAUAGUGAAGAGUCUAGUAACUGUACUACACAUUGA